AUGGGCAACUCGUCUAAGAAGGAGGCCGCGGAAGGGGGAGAUGGUGGUGGGGUGGCAGAGGAGGGUGAGGAGGGGGCAGAGCAGAAGAAAAAAGAGGAGGAUGAGCCGUAUUAUGACCAGGAACUGCCACCACUGGUGGAGGAUAGUGUUGAAUCUGGGGAAUCACUGCUAGGCCUGACCUUCCUAGGCCUAAGCAACCUGCCGACCCGCAUCUGCUCACUGAAACAUCUGGAGAAGCUGUUCCUCUCUAACAACCGUUUGCAGAAGCUACCAAACGCCUUUGCCCAGCUGGAAAAGCUGCGUGUGCUGGGUCUCGACCAGAACAAGUUUGACGAUAUACCGUUAGUUGUGUGCGAGCUGGUCAACCUCACCCACCUCUACAUGAGCAACAACAAGCUCCUAACUGUGCCUGUGGAGAUGGUCAACCUGGAGAACCUGCGCUGCCUCUGGUUGGACGGUAACUACUUCCAGCAUUUCCCCGGGCUCCUCAUGAAAUUGCCCAACCUUAGCUCACUGCAGCUGGGAGACAAUAUGAUAAGGGAUCUGCCCAAUAGUCUGUGCCGCAUGGAACAGCUACGGGGCCUCUGGCUCUAUAGCAACCGCUUCACCAAGUUCCCGAAAGUGCUGAUGCGCAUGGAGUACUUGGAGACCCUGGACUUGGACCACAAUCAGAUCCCUUCCUUGCCUGAUCUAGACCACCUGCCUGGCCUGCAUCUGUUCUCCUAUGACCUAAAUCCUGUUAAGGUCCCCCCUAAAGUGCGUGACGGGGUGGUGCUAGUGGGAGCGGGGGCACGUGAUCUCAGGGAUGCAAGGGAACAGCAGUUGGACGAAGAGAGACAGGCUGCUGAAGAAGAAGCUGCAAAGAACGCUGAAGUGGAGGCCAAGUUGCUACUCAAGAUCAGGCUGAAAGGGCCACCAAAGCAGUCCACCUUGGCACCAGAGCAGGAGCCGGAGCAGGAGCCGGGCACCUUCCCCGAUCGCCAGCCCAAUGGUGUGGCAGAUGGGAUGGUGAAGGGGGUGGGGCUAGAUGGUAGAGAGGGCCAAUGAAUUAUCAGGGGGAGGGGGAGCAGGUAGUGUUACUGUGUGAGAAGGGUAGGAGGGAGUGCGUAAGUAUAAGCAAAAGCCCCUGUCAGGGUUCGAUUUGGCAGACAAGGCUGGAGAUGGAUGGUGAAGAACCAGAUGUGCUAGUGUGGGACAUGACCCUCUGCCCCCCCCCCCCCCCCCCACCCCGUGAUAGACGUUCCAGAACAUAAAAAUGCAAAAUCAGGACCAUAAUACCCAGCAAUUAUUAUUGACAUUAUAAUUUCUGGCUUGGUUUUCUGGAGUUCACUUGCCCCUGGCAGCACAGUUAAGGAUCCAACUCCUUCCCGGUCCCUGAGCAGAUUCUGGGAACUUCUUGUGUCCGGAGUGUUUGAUGGAUGUGAAUAUGCACACGCUGCACACUUAAGAGAUGUGGGUGACUUGGGAGUGAAGAGUAGGGCGUGAAAACAGAGAGUUAGAGACGUGUGAUUGUGUGUGUGGUGUGACAUAGACAUAGGCUUGACUGUGUCAAUGAUUCAUCUGCUCUGGAUACCACGCGGUAUGAGUGUUUAAUGUGAUGUGUGUACAGAAACACCAAUCUCUUCUCAUUAAAUAAUUGCUGAAGUGA